GGAGAGAAACCAUUUACUUGUGAUCAGUGUGGGAAGAGUUUCACUCAAUCAUCAACUCUUAAGGGACACAUGAUCAUCCACACUGGAGAAAAACUGUACUCUUGUGAUCAGUGUGGGAAGAGUUUCACACGAUCAUCAACUCUUAAGGGACACAUGAACAUCCACACUGGAGAAAAACUGUACGCAUGUGAUCAAUGCUGCAAAACGUUUUUGAGGGCUUCAAACCUGAAGAAUCACCUGAGAGUUCAUACAAAGGAGAAAACACAUUCAUGUUAUCUGUGUGGAAAGAGUUUUUCAUUUCUACACAAUUUAAAAGUACAUCAGAAAAUACAUACUGGUGUGAGAGAGUACAUGUGCUUUGAGUGUGAAAAGACUUUUACUUCAGCUGCACAUUUAAAACAGCACGAGAGGAUUCACACUGGAGAGAAACCUUACAUGUGUUCACAAUGUGAUAAGAGAUUCAGUCAGUCAGGAGACCUGAAAAGACAUGAGAGG